AUGACUUGGGCCGAUUGUAAAAUUCUUGUAAACAGUAGGAUAAACGGUAUUUGUUUUACCGGUGAUAUCGUUACAGGUUCAAUAGUUUUAGAGUUUAAAGAAGAGCAACGUAUUAAAGCAAUAACAUUUAAAGUUUUGGGAACAUCAAAAGCAAGAUGGUCUCGUUCCUCACCUACCAUGCCAUUUAUACGAAUAUACUCUGAAAAAGUUAAACUUUUUUAUGUUAAUAUUAACGUUUUUCAUCAAAUUAUUGGGCAAAAAGUUCUACCCGGUACGGUCAACUAUCCAUUCCAUUUUUCAUUACCACCCGAUCUACCGUCAAGUUUCAGGGAUUCAAUUGCAAGCGUAUACUAUAGAAUUGUUAUACAAAACACACUAUCAUAUAAAAUGAAGCAGAAGAAAGUUUUCCCGUUACGAAUAAUUUCAACUGUUAACAUAACUCAUAUUAAAGAUUAUAAUGUGCCAUCGUAUUUUGAAAUAAACAAAAAAUUUAAAAAUACUAAUGAUUUUUCUCUUAUUGUGAGGACUUACAAAGUAUUUGCUCCACUACAAAGAAUACCCUUUCAAGUGUUGAUAACAAAUGAGAGUAAAGUAACAAUUACUAAAAUAAAUAUUUAUCUAAUUCAAAAACUGCAUUACAGCAUCUAUUCUGGAUACUACGAAACCGAAAAGAAAAUAUGUAAAGCAGCAUAUAAGAAUAUUUCAUUAAAUGCAACCAGAGAAACUUGUAAUUUUAUCAUAGAUAUUCCACAGGUUCUGCCGUCUACUAUAAAUUUUGUUAAGCCAAUGAUAAAUAUAUCCUACGUGUUUAAGGUUAUUGCUUAUUUUCGAUGGCAUUUACCGGUAUAUAUGGAUGUUCCUGUUGUAAUUGGGACUACGCCUGUUCAUCAUUUGGAAUUUUAAAAAAGCCAUUGAAAUUUCAUCUAGACCAUGUAAAGUCAUAAAACUGUACAUGUUUUUCUAUAAAUUAUAACCAAGCCUUGUCGCGGUUUGCGCAGUACUGCUUUAAUGUACCAGGUGAACUCUGCCACUAAGCACCAGAUUUAUAUUUAUCGGAGUGAUGACGUUGUGUCGCGAAAAAAGUUUCGCACGUAAAAAAGAUAAUUAAAUUUAAAUAUUCAUUUACAAUCUUAUAAAAUUCUCCUGUCAAUAGAAUCGACAUAGUUUUGUUUAUUAAUUAGGGAACCCGGCCCCACUGCCGGUACCUCGUUACUACCUUGUUUAUUUUUGUAUAUUUGAAAUAUUGCUUGUUUUAAAAUUAUGUCGAAAAUCAUAAUAAUCUAAAUAUAAUAAACAGCUGUAUGGCCACAUUUCAAUAUGUUUUGUAGGUGUUUGUAACUUUAGCAGGUUGUGAAGCCUUUGCUGAAUAUUAUGAGUCACACUGGUUAAUUGUAAAGAUAUAAUUUAAAAUAUUGAUUCACAAAUAUAUCGAUACCGUGGGGCAUUAUUAUUCUUUUGAGCUUAUAGCAGUCCAAUGCAAAUUGACGUAUUCUACUAAAGUUCACUGCACAGCAAUUGCACAAGACAUGCACUGAAAAUACACGAUUUCUUCCUCGUCUUGCAAUAAAACUGCAAGAAGUAAUCAUAGUAUUCAAAAUUAAUUUCUACUUCUAAUAACAAAUGUAUGGACAGAUGAAUUAUUGAUUAUUAUAUUUGGCUCCUAGAUGCUGAAAAAAUCAAAAGAGGCUUUAUUCUUAUAGUUACGAAAAUAAGAAGAUGUUGUCUUUAAAUAUUCUUGUUGAUGAUAUGUUUUUUUUUGAGGUGAUAGUCUUAUUAACAAAGCAAAAAAUAAAAAAUAAAAAUAAAAAUAAAGAAAAAUAAAGAUUAAGCAAUGUCAAUAAGCUAUCAUAGUGAGUAUAAAUUAAAGUAAUAAGUGUUGGGUAAGAUUCAAAAGUAUGGUACGGUGAUACUAUGUAUCAUAGUAUAUACGAUACAAACAGUGACAAAUACAUACCUGUUACCAAAUACUAGUUGGUACAUUAAUAAUAACCAUUACUCAAUGCAUCUCCAGAUUGAUUAUAGUCUAUUUUUGAUUGAAAAAGG